GUAAUGGCUUUAACUCAAAACAGCAUCAAAUGUUGCACAGAUAGCAUAGUAGACCUGUCCAUAGGACAGGGUAAAAAGACUGGUCCCUCUGAAAGCUCCAGUGCAGACAGUGGUGCAGAAUCUGACAGAGUUGAUGGAGGAUGUUGUAUAGAGAGACAAAGUGCUUGCUUAAAUCAAGCUGAUUAUACAGAUUUAGAUCAUUUUGACGACUAUGAUGGGGAAGACAAAGACAGUAAACAGUCUGAAGGGCAAAGAACUGAAGAUGAUGCCUCAAAAAAUGAUCCAAAAAGUAAUAGAUCAGUGAUGACUUUAACUCAAGAUAGCAUAAAAUGUUGCACAGACAGCAUACAAGACCUUUCCAUAGGACAAGAUAAAAAGACUGGUCCCUCUGAAAGCUCCAGUGUAGAUAAUAAUGCAGCAUCUGACAGAGUUGAUGGAAGAUUGAGUAUAGAGAGACAAACUGCUUGUUUAAACCAAGCUGGUGAUACAGAUGGAGAUCAUUUUAACAACGAUGAUGGGGAAGACAAAGACUGUAAACAGUCUGAAGGACAAAGGACCAAAGAUGAUGCCUCAAAAAAUGAUUCAGAAAGUAAAAGGUAAAUGGAAGAAGAAGUGUGUAAAAAUAUCCAGAUAAGAGACAGUCCUGGUAGUAUCAGUUUAGAAGUAGAUGACAGUGGUCCAAACGAAAAUGCUGUUGAAAUACUUAUGAAAUACGUAUGCUGAAAAAUAAUCUUGGUUUGGCAUUGAGUUUAAUAAAUACAUUCGGUGAAUAUCUAAUAACA